ACAAGAAGGCUUCCGAGGGGAGAAAAGAUGGCGCUGCCCAUGUUAAGAGGUUGUCACAGGUUUACAUCAACGUUUAGCUUUACUCGCCUAUUGUUAAAUGAAAGCAUCAUCCUGAACCGGUCCGGUAAAACGCAGCUACCUUCUUUAUCCGUGGCAGCAGCGGUGCGGCCGUACAGCUCGGACCGCGGCGGACAGCAGCAGAACCAGAAGGUGGUGGUGUUCGGCAUCCCGAACCCUUUUAUCUGGGUCCGCACCCGAAUAUACUACUUUCUGAUCCGGGCUUACUUUGACAAUGACUUCAGAAUUGAAGAGUUCACGGAGGGAGCCAAGCAGGCCUUCUCCCAUGUUUCCAGACUGUUGUCACAGUGUCAGUUUGAAGCUUUGGAAGGGCUUGUUGCUAAAGAUUUGAUUGGAAAGCUGGAGGAGAAGUUGAACCUGCUGCCAUCGAGCCACAAGGAAGCUCUGUCUGCAGAUCCUGAAGAGAUCAUGUACACCACACCUGGAGAUGUGGGGAUCUACUAUGAUGAUGAAGGGAAAAAAUUUGUCAGUAUUCUGAUGCGUUUCUGGUAUCUGACAAGCGCACGUAUCCCUGAAGACACCAUGGAGGGAACCCGUGUCUUCCAGAUGGACAUUAAUGGAGAGGGAGAACCACAAGCUAAGAGACUUCUAAGUGCACACUAUGAAUUCCAAAGGGAGUUUACUAAGGGAGUGCCUCCAGACUGGACCAUUACGAGGAUAGAGCACUCCAAGCUUUUGGAUUAAGGUGGUUUUAAUUUGAGGCAGUUGUGCCACUUGAAACUAUUCAAAGACAAGAAAUUUCCCUCAGUAUUUGCUUUCCACAGAGCGAAAACAUGAUGCAUCUACUCAUAGGGAGGUCAGAGGAAGGCACCAGGACAAAGUUGGAUUCAUCCACUAUUCACUGUAGAAAAGACACACGAGCCCAUCCAUCUAUUGCCAUAGAUACUGCCCAGAACUGUCUGCAGUAGAACAAUGUUUCUUAUGGUUUUCUUCACUAUAUCCGAGAUCCCCCCCCCAAAAUCUGAUCUUGAAUUGAACCUGUUAACUUUUGUUUUGGAUUUGGUUUUGUAUGUUUAAGAAUUUAGAUAUUAUUUCAAAAUCAUUUGUAGCCUUAUUUUAAAUAUGAUGUAUGUAUAGAUGGGGCUUGCUGCACCUGAUUUAAACUCUCAUCUUGUUUUUGUAUUUUUGAAUGUACUGACUAUUGUCUGAUACUGUAUUUCCAAGUAGAGAACUAGUGUUUCUCUAUCUAGGAAUGUGUGGUAUAAAGAUGUAGUAAUACAAUGUUCCAGAUUUGUCGCCACAAAAAAAAGAGAUAUUCACACAACCCGCUGUCACCUGACUCUGAAGACAUGCUAUAUGUGUACCCUAUGUGUAUACAUGUGUUUGCAAUGAUUAGGGCAGCUCCUAUGCAGCUGAUUGUUUUAUUAAAGAUUUGAGAAAUGAA